AUGAAGGAAGAGUGUAUAAUUUGCUAUGAUAGUUAUACUACAGGAAUAGUUACAGAGUGUGGCCAUCGGUGCUGCUUAAAAUGCGGCCUGCGGUACAAGUUCAUAAGUAACAAAUCAGGCUGUCUGAUAUGUCUUAAAGAAGUGCCCAAUGAGGAGCUGCUCUUUCGCCUUGUAAAGAGUCCUCGUGCAGGGUUUGUUAAAACAGAGGACUCGUACGUUUGGGCAGGCUCUAUUGUGUGCGAGCCUGAGGAAAUAGAGGAAAUAGAGAAACUGCUUACCAGAUCAUGCAAGCUGUGCAAAACUGAGUUCUAUGAUAGUAGUACGCUGAUCAACCAUUAUGCAACGAAGCACAAGAGAUACUUGUGCGAGCUGUGUGUUGAGUAUAGAUGUGAAUUUCCCUUUGAAUAUGUUGUCUAUAGCAUGGGAGAACUGACCGCCCACAGAACAGAAAAAACAAUUGGUAACGGGCAUCCUAGCUGUGGAUUUUGCAGAGAAAGAUUUUACACACCCGACAUUCUAGCAAAGCACUGCAGAAAGGCGCAUGAGGUGUGCUAUCUAUGCGAGCGGCUUGGGAAGAAGAACGAGUACUAUAAAAACUACAAAGAAUUAGAGAGCCACUUUAAAAAGGCCCACUAUACAUGUGAUGAACAGAUGUGCUUAGAUGCCAGAUGCUAUACAUUUAUUGAUGAAAUUGAACUGGCUGCACACAAAGUAUCCACUCACCCAGUCAAGAGAGAGAAAAUAAAGAUUCCUAUACUGGCAUCAACCGCACCCCGCAAAAACUCAGGGGAAGCACGGGAGGCACAAAGAAAGGAAAAAAAGGACAGUGCGCCAAGAAAUACAGAGGAAAAUGCAGGUAUAGACGAAAACACUGCAAGCACUCCUGCAAUUCCUAAACAUCUAAAUAGAGAGGAGUUACUGCGACAGCGCAAUAUGAAAGAAAAAUACACAAACAUGAUAAAUCGAACAUACAAGCCUGCAAAAGAAGUUGCAUCUCUAACAGAAAGCUAUGACCGCAUGGAUAUAUCACUUGACGUGUUUGUUGCUAAGUUGCAGGAAGUGCUUGGAAAUUCCCAGGCAAUUGAGUUUGUUGAUAGAAUAUCGCCAUAUUUGAUGAUGGACAGGACUAAAGACAUCAAAGAUAACUUUCCAAAGAUAAAAAGAUCGAUUGAAUUUGCACCAGUAAGAAGCCCGGGUGUGGCAAAUAGCCCAGCAGAUCCAAAAAAAGACAGUGCCGAGAAGAAAGCCGAGGGAGAAGAUUUACUGUUAAAGAAGGAAGAACCCAAGAGUCUAGAGAAGGUCUAUAUGCAGGCAGCAAAACCACAGAAAGUAGAGAAAAAGGCCAGUGGAGCUGGUACUAAGAUAGCAUGGUCUCCUGGCAUGUCCUUGUCUGCAUGGAAUAGCAAAACAGGGAUAGCCACGAUAAAACCAACGCAAAUUUCAAAGAUUGAAAUUAAGCUUCCCAGCGCAAUCAAGAAAGAUACAAGCGAAAAGGAAUCUAGUGAGAAAAAAACAGUUCGUAAACACCGCGUGUUUGAAAUCCAAUGA